AGGCCUCUACCUCAACCUCUACGUGCCCACCAAGAACGACAUCCGGGACAGCGGCAAGAAGCCGGUGAUGCUCUUCCUGCACGGAGGCUCCUACAUGGAGGGCACCGGGAACAUGUUCGACGGCAGCGUCCUGGCCGCCUACGGCAACGUCAUCGUCGUCACCAUCAACUACCGCCUGGGCGUCCUCGGCUUCCUGAGCACGGGGGACCAGGCGGCCAAGGGCAACUAUGGCCUCCUGGACCAGAUCCAGGCCCUGCGCUGGCUGCAGGAGAACGUGGGGCACUUUGGGGGCGACCCCCAACGCAUCACGAUCUUCGGCUCCGGCGCUGGCGCCGCCUGCGUCAGCCUCCUCAUCCUCUCCCACCAUUCCGAAGGUCUGUUCCAGAGAGCCAUCAUCCAGAGCGGCUCAGCGCUGUCCAGCUGGGCCGUCAACUACCAGCCCGUCAAGUACACCAGCAUGCUGGCCGACAAGGUGGGCUGCAACGUGCUGGACACGGUGGACAUGGUGGACUGCCUGCGCCAGAAGAGUGCCAAGGAGCUGGUGGAGCAGGACAUCCAGCCGGCCCGCUACCACGUGGCCUUUGGGCCCGUCAUUGACGGCGACGUGAUCCCGGACGACCCCGAGAUCCUCAUGGAGCAGGGCGAGUUCCUCAACUACGACAUCCUCAUCGGCGUCAACCAGGGCGAGGGCCUCAAGUUCGUGGAGGACUCGCUGGAGAGCGAGGACGGCAUCUCGGCCUCCUACUUCGACUUCACCGUGUCCAACUUCGUGGACAACCUCUACGGCUACCCCGAGGGCAAGGACAUCCUGCGCGAGACCAUCAAGUUCAUGUACACGGACUGGGCCGACCGCGACAACGGCGAGAUGCGGCGCAAGACGCUCUUGGCGCUCUUCACCGACCACCAAUGGGUGGCGCCGGCGGUGGCCACGGCCAAGCUCCACGCCGAGUACCAGUCGCCCGUCUAUUUCUACACGUUCUACCACCACUGCCAGACGGACGCGCGGCCCGAGUGGGCGGACGCGGCGCACGGCGACGAGAUCCCCUACGUGUUCGGGGUGCCCAUGGUGGGCGCCACCGACCUCUUCCCGUGCAACUUCUCCAAGAACGACGUCAUGUUGAGCGCCGUCGUCAUGACCUACUGGACCAACUUCGCCAAGACGGGGUGA